UGAGGGAAGUAAAAGACAAUUUUGGAGGUGUAAGUAGAAAAAAUGAAACUAUUUUGCCGAACUUCUCGUUAAUGGUUACCAUCGGCGGCGAAUCUCCUUGCACCUCACGAAUGACGCCGUCUCAGGAAAAACGUCACCGUUCCAUCUUCGAACUUCCGUCGAACUUCUUCGACUCUUGUCGUCUUCUCCCUUCUCCCCACUCCUCCGUUCCCGACCACUACAACGCUACUCUCCAAACCCUUCAACUACCCUCAAACGACGUCGAUGAUAUUCAAAAUUCAGUCGUUUCGGCUCCUAGGUUGACAUGUAAUACCUGCAAGGCUCAGUUCGAUUCCCUUCAAGAUCAACGCUCCCAUUUCAAAUCCGAUAUUCAUCGAUUCAAUGUGAAGCUGACAAUUGCUGGGAAAAGCAUUGUGAAGGAAGAUGAUUUUGAGGUUCUGACAUCUGAUUUUGUCAAAGACUAUGAUGUGUCAAGUAUAUCUGGAUCCGAAAGUGAUGACGAUGAUGACAGUGAAAAUGAGUCUCUUGGUCAAAAUGUAUUGCGUGGUAAAUCCGGUGAAAGCUUUAAACAAAAGCUAUUUGUCUGUCUUCAGACAGGGCAAAGAGUUUCUCUCUGGAAGUGUUUGAUUAUGAAUGUGAGCGAAAAUGUUUUGUAUGAGGAUGAACAAGUGCAGAAACAUUUGGUUGAGAGGUUGAAAUCUCUCACAGUUGAGCCUAGGGAUAACACCCGUUUGAGGAUUGUUCUGCUUGCAUCCGGUGGGCACUUCGCGGGUUGUGUCUUUGAUGGUGAUACAGUUGUAGCUCACAAGACAUUUCACAGAUAUGUUGUGAGGGCCAAGGCCGGAAAAAAGCAGUCAUCUAAAGAUGCUUCUGGUAGGGCUGCACAUUCUGCUGGUGCUUCACUUCGUCGUUAUAACGAACUUGCAUUAAAGAAGGAAGUUCAUGAACUGCUUACUAUUUGGAGACCGUAUUUUGACGCUUCUAUUUGCAUUUUUAUACAUGCACCUUCAAGUAGUCGUCAACUGCUUUACGAUGGAGAUAAGCCGUGUUUUACCAAUCCGCAAUGUGUUAGAAAUAUUGGGUUGGUUGUCCGCAGGCCUACUUUGAGGGAAGCAAAGCGUGUUUAUAGCCAGUUGACCCUAGUAUCCAAUGAGGCAGAUGAGAAGGAAAUUUUACAAAGCAACCAACAGGACGUGGUGCCAAAUUGCAUUGCUAAAAGAAACGGCACCCCACCUGUCAACGAAGUGGACAUGGCUGGGUUGGAUGAAAAUGAUAAAGCUGAAGCUUGUUCAAGUAACCAAAAUGAUGAAGCUCUUAUUUUGAGUAAUGGCGAAAAUGAAAAUGAGCUGCCUGCUAAGUCAACUCCUUUACAUGAAGCAGCACAAUCUGGUGACUCUGAAAAGGUUAUGGAACUCCUGGAACAAGGCUUGGAUCCAUGCAUCAAAGAUGAAAGGGGGCGGACCCCGUAUAUGUUGGCACCUGACAAAGAUGUCAGGAACACUUUCAGAAGGUUUAUGGCUUUAAAUCUUGACAGAUGGGAUUGGCAUGCUGCAAAAGUGCCUAGUGCAUUGACCAAAGAAAUGGAAGAAUCGCAAGCUGCUAAGCAGGCAGAAAAAGAUGCCAAGAGAAAAGCUAGAGCAAAAGAAUUAAAGAAAUUACGUAAAGCAAAAGAAAAGAAGGCCCAGAGAAGCUGCUCUGAACAACCCACUUCCGUCGAUCCAGCAGCCAGUGAUCCAACGUCCAGCAACCCCAGCAACCGGCAACCCAGCAUCUGUCGACCAGGGGCCUCUUUCUGUGUUGCUUUCGGUGGCGUAUGCCUGGUCCUUGUAUGUGUCUGGGGCAAAUGGAUCAUGGAGAGAGCAAAACAGGCUGAAAAAGAAACGACUGCACCAACAUCUGCCACAGGACAAUCUCAACCAAAAACUGGUGUGAAAUUAUCGAAAGAGGAGGAAAUAAGAAGAGCACAGGAUGCAGAAAGAGAAAAGAGAGCAGCUGCUGCAGAGAGAAGGAUUGCUGCUCUGAAAAUUCAAGCUAAUAAUAGUGCAACCACUUCAGAGGCUGAAAAAAAUGGUGACAUAUACUGUUCCUGUUGUAAUUCAUCACUUGCUGGUAAAGUUCCAUUCCACAGGUAUAAUUACAAAUACUGCAGCACAUCAUGCAUGCAUGUACACAGAGAGAUCCUUGAAGAUGGAUGACAAUGUAGUAUUCCCUUAAUUUCUCUGUAAUUGUUUAUGCUGAGUUAAGAUCGCUCCAAUUAUCCAUUUUUUUAUUAUACUUGGUUGAUAAAGCAGGCACGGCGGAAGGAUAGAACAGUAAAUAACAUGAGUUGAUGAGUGAUUAUGUUUCAAUGGAAUGGAAAUUUGUUUCCCAAGCAACAUUGAUACAGAGAGAAUCAUUUAGAGUGUUCUUCAUUAUACCAAACGUGAACAUACCAAAAUGGCCGAAAUACACAUGAUCAUUUGCUUUUAUUUUUGUUCCUGCAUGGGUUUUUGUUCAAAGCUUGCUCUCUUGUGUUGUUGUCUUGACUCCAAUUUUCAAGAAAAAAGGGGGUCAAUCAUCUUAAGUUUGGCUGCCGAGGUAAGUAAAAGAGAAAUGGUUAACAUUACUAAAAAGUUUUGAUCGAGUUAUAUUGGUUAACACCUCAAUGAUUUAUGUAAAAACCAUAAUUAUUUUGUUGAUUUUUGUGCGAAAUUGACACUUCUAUAUUCGUGUAGUAGUUCGUGUGUGUAAUACUUUGUAACAUUUAGCAUAGGUCAGCCAAAUAUUGUUAGAUUAAUUGUAUUUAUGAUACCUCAUUUUGAGCUAUAUAUGAUUUUGGUUCCUCAUUUUAAA